AUAUCUGGCAAUCUAAAAGCAGAUUGAGUCAGUUGAUUGUUAACUUUACCAGCGAGAAGAUGUCGUCAAUUCCUACGAUCAUUGGAUUGUAUAUUUUGUUCUUUAUCACAUUUAGCAAUGUGCAUGCGUAUGGCACAAAGUGUAGUCCCGUGUCCGGACUUUGUUACGUGCAUACGGAUUGCUGCAGCGGAAGAUGCUUAACCUACGGAAACAAAUGCGGCUAUCCGGCGCACCGUCUGAAAAAAACUUAUAUGAGUCCCAGCGAAUUCAACAGAAUAAUUCAACAGAAGAAACAUUAUUAAAAAAAUUCAAAUGCCACAAUGUUGGUGUAUCCGUAAGAGUACCUCCUUAUUAAUUUGAGAAACUUUCACCUAAUGUCCAAUCAAAAUGGUUAAAGAAAAAGGUUUUAAGCAUGCUAAAAACCUAAAUAGUUUUGUCAUUAUAUCGUUAUAAAUUAAAAAAACCUACACUAACUCAUUGUUUAGCUUUAAAAUAAAUAUUGACAAAUACAGAUACUGUCACUUAUUGUCGUUAGAAA